AUGGCCGAACCGGACCACUCAACCUACAAGCAGGGCUACUCCACUCACACGGUCGCCAACCACCAGCGACGCACCGCAGAGGACGACGCCGCCUUUGUCCUUCCCCACAUCAACAGAAGGUCCGUUCUGUUGGACGUCGGCUGUGGCCCUGGCACCAUCACCUCCGGCUUUGCCAAGUACGCGCCCGAGGGCGCGGUCAUCGGAGUUGAUAUCUCCGCCGACGUGCUCGAGAAAGCCCGGGGGCUGGCGGCCGACGCCGGCAUCCCGGCCUCGGGCCCGGGCUCCGUCACUUUCGAGCUGGGUAACGUGCUCGACACACUCCCCUACCCGGAUAAUACCUUUGACGUGGUCUUCUGUUCGCAGGUGCUGGGCCACUUCCCGUCCGCAGACCAGGUUGUCAGGGCACUGACCGAGAUGCGGCGCGUGCUCAAGCCCGGCGGUCUGCUGGCCGCGCGCGAGGCGGCGUUCCAGCACUUCUCGCCCCAGGGGCUCGACCUCGACCGGCUCUGGACGCAGAACCUAGGCCGCGCGCUGCGCGGCCCGCAGGGCGGCAGCACCGAGAGCAUCGGUGCGGGCCUGCCUGCGUUGUUCCGCCGCGCCGGAUUUACCGACGACGGCGGCAAGAUGGUGGUGGGCGCGGGGACGUCGGUGAUUGCCGGCCGCGAAGCGCGGGGCUGGAUCGCCAGGCGCGCUGCGGGCCAGCUGCAGCCCGGUGACCCUUUCCGCCAGAGCUGGCUCCGCGCUGGCAUCACGCAGCAGGAGAUACAGGAGACGUUGCGGGCCGUGGAGACGUGGGCCGAGACGGAGGACGCGUGGUUUGUUGCGUUGCAGUGCGAGAUGCGGGCCUGGAAAGUAGCGCUUGACUGA